GGCAGAAGCAUGCAUUUGACAGCAUGCCCGAACAAAAUAAAAACAUACGCAACCCCAGCCGAAAUCCACCGGUGAAGCCGCACGCGUUCCGGAUUUGUUUUCCCAGGCCAAACAAAAAAACACCAUAAAAAUGUUAGGCAACGUUGUGAAAAUGCUCGGAACCAGUUCCCUCUGCAGCACACAAUCGGUGCUGGUACAAUCGUCGCGGAACACGUUCGUGCUGAAGCGUCGCUUUCCACCAAACCUGUACAAGAAAAAUCAAAAGCCGGGAAAGCUACGGGGACGCCACUUUGUGUACGAUUUGGUGGAGGAUACGACCAUCACGAAAAAGCCAAACCUGGAGGUGGUGCUUACCGCGUUUGUGGAAGGCAUCGGAUCGAAGGGCGAUGUAGUUUCGCUGAAGCCAAACGUUGCGUACAACAAGCUUCUGUUGCCGGGAUUGGCGGUUUACAAAACGCCCGAAACCGUUGCCAAAUAUGCAACCGAGAAGGAUGAGAAGGAAGUUGAGGUGCACAGUUCGGCGUAUGCACAGCGGACGGUAAACAAGCUGGAAAGCCUCAUACUGGCGGUGGUCAUGAACAAGGACCAUGCGUGGACCAUCGAACCGUGGCACAUUAAAGCGUCGCUCCGCAAAGCCGGAUACUAUGUGCCGGAAAGUGCAAUAACCCUGCCCGAAACUCCCAUCACCGGACCGGAUCUACUGAAGCAAAACAAAGAGUUUUACUGCACGGUUACGAUUAACAACCUGGAGAAGGCACGGGUACGGUGCCGGAUCCAUCAUUGGAGUACGGAACCGAGCGAACGAUUGCCGUACGUGUUUGAGCACUGGAAGCUGGAUGCGGAACCACUGUUCGGAAGCGAUGCUGCGGACAGUAGGAAGUCAACUGAGCCACAGAAAAGCAAAGAUUAAUGUGAGUAAGUUGCAGUGCUGCUACAAGGGGUAAAAAAUAGAGACAAAGGUUAACUAUGAUCGAGA